GCUUCAGACACUCGAUGGCGGGAGGCGUCACGACUUCAUUGAUUCUUCCCGGCUCCGCCAACGCGAUCGGUGGACAGGCAUUCGUCAUGAAGUUGAGGCCGACUAAGGAGCGCUCCCCGACAUCCAUGUUACUCGAGCCACCGUACAGUCUGAACGGAACUAACGUGGAUCCAUCGGUUUCACCGCGUUGGCGAUACAUGAAGUGCGCCUCACGAUAUUCGAUUUCACGAAAAGCCAGAACUAACAUGUCGCAGACAUGCUUGCGGCGAGAACCCAUGUAUGUGGUGACACAUACGUACAUGGCUGGCUACGGUGCAUACCAACGUGUUCUCCCAUCAGCUCGUGUCUACGCAGGGACUCGCAUGGACACCGCUUGGGCGUUCCGUUCAGCGUACAACCACGCUCGCCAGAUCAAAGUUGCCCAAGAUAGCUACUGUGCGAAAGCUACAGCCGGCGAUUGGAAAACAGUCGCGGGGCAGGCCUUCCCUGAAGACCUGCAAUGGGAAGCGCUUGUUGACGUGCUGCGAGGCCGCGUCAAGGUCAACACGCAUUGCUACGAGGCGGUCGACUUCGAUGACUUCGUCAGGUUGUCGAACGAGUUCAAGUUCGAAGUCGCGGCAUUCCACCAUGCUCACGAAGCGUAUCUUGUGCCGGAGCUACUGAAGAGUGCCUAUGGUCGUACACCUGCCAUAGCCAUGUUUUCCGCGUUCUCGAGGUACAAGCGCGAGGCUUACAGGCACUCGGAAUUCGCGCCACGGAUUCUGGCAGACAAUGGCAUACCCGUCAUCAUGAAGUCGGACCACCCAGCUAUUCAGUCGAGGUUCCUAGUGAACGAAGCUGGGUACGCACAUUACUAUGGCCUCCCGGAGAACAUCGCUCUGGCGUCUGUCACCUCAACGCCCGCCAGGACGCUCGGGUUGGACCACCGCAUUGGUUUCCUGAAGGAGGACGUCGUCAUAUGGGAUAGCCACCCGCUCUCGCUCGGCACUGCUCCUGCUCAAGUCAUCAUUGACGGCAUCCCUCAGAUCAACCCGUCUUACCCCGCAGUCAAGCCUGCAUCUUCUCAGCAAAUUCCACACACCCCGAACUGGGAUGAAGAGGCCGAGAGAACACUCGAAUACGACGGCUUGCCCCCGCUUGAGCCUGCAGCGUCAACUAAGGGCGUCGUAAUUUUCAGCAAUGUGACGAGUGCCUGGAUCAGAGGCACAGGGACCUCAGGAUUGGUCGACUUGCUUGCUACCACAGAGGGCACAACGGGUACCGUCGUCGUGCACGCGGGAAAGAUCAUCUGUUCUGACCUGCAAGGUGGUACGCUACAGCCGGGGCUCAUAUCUGUGGGCUCCAGCAUCGGGCUGCAGGAGAUUGCCAUGGAGGUGUCCACAACAGAUGGGGAGGUGUACGACCCCCUCAAUGUGGAUGUUCCUACCAUCGCUGGUGGAAUAGGAUACAUGCCUAGGACUGUCGACGGGCUUCAAUUCGCCUCGCGCGAUGCUUUACUGGCUUACCGUCACGGCGUUACUGUGGCGAUCAGCGCACCUAUCCACUCGUCCUUCUUGGGUGGUCUGAGCGCUGCCUUCUCCCUCGGGUCCCCGCACAAGCUGCAGAAGGGCGCUAUCGUGCAAGAUGUCACUGCCGUGCAUGUUGCGACGCUCAGACACUUGUUGUCGCACCCGACGGGUGAGGCGGCGAAGUACUUCCGACUCGUGACCAACGGCACGCUUCCCCUGGUAGUGGAAGCUAACAGUGCAGAUAUCAUCGCUACGGUAAUCCAGUUGAAGGAAGAAGUGGAAGUCGAGACAGGAGUCCCCUUGAAGGUGAUCAUUUCCGGGGGUGCCGAGUCCCAUCUGCUUGCCAAGGAGCUCGGUGAAGCCUCCGUCGGCGUCAUCCUAAAGCCACCUAGGCCAUACCCCUUACAAUGGGACUUCAGACGCUACCUCCCAGGACCCCCAGCCUCUGCGGAUAGCACAAUCGCGACCCUGCUGAGGCACAACGUCACAGUAGCACUCGGUCCUCAGGGCGUGUCCAACGAGGACGCCAUGUAUACAUGGGCUGUUAGAAACCUGCGCUUCGACGCUGCAUGGGUGAGCUGCCCCCUCCGCCUUGCGCUUGCUUCAUUCAACGUGGAGAAGUUGUUCGGCCUCCAGACGUACGAGAGUGGCUACGGUGAUCUGGUGGCUGUAAAGUAUGGGGACCUGCUCAGUUUCGAGGGCAAGGUUGCGGCAGUGAUAUCGUUCCGGAGAGGGUCCGUAGACGUAUUCUGAUUUGUAGGCGCAGUCGCGGAAUUGAGCCGCUUCCUUCAUGCGUCAUGUAUUCGACUGAACGUCUGCUGUGACUGUUUUGACAGUCAUUCAUCGAGUCAGUGAUAGCACUGGAAAUACAACAAGAUGCGGACCAGUACAA